AAGUCGCCGCAUGUUUACCAGACUGCCGCUGAAAUGAAAAGCUAGACGCAGCUUCCUCUGAGCUUCUGGCAUAUCCUUGUCGCCUCAUGGCCGAAAAUAACUGUGCAGCUUGUUUGUAACUCUGCGGUUGUUGUUAGGUUGACCAGCAGGAACAGCUGACUCACUGACAGCCAGCCAGGCGGUACCACACCGGGACAUAGCGCUAUCUGACCCACACGUCCGGUUCACCUUGUCGACUAAACUUACUGCUGGUUCUCCUCGGUGAAAUUCUACUUUCCCCCCCCCAUGGGCUGAGCCGUCACCGGCUGAAGAUGAUCGGGUCACCGGACCUGCUGCCGUUCACCGGCUGCAGUGGGUUUGACGAGCAGGGAGAGGAACCGGAGGCUCAGAACCUGCCUGAAGAGUUCUGUGUCCCUCUUUUACCUCCUUCUAACCCCUGGACCACAGCAGCCCAGUUUCACCGGGACUUUAUACUGGUGGCUGAAUUCUCAGAGCAGGUUGGUCCUAAGCCGGUUCUGACAAUACCAAAUGACCCAAAGGUCAUUGGCUCUUUCGACCUCAACCACUUCUCCGUCCGUCUCAUGUCCGUGGACUACCAGGCGUCUGGACCGGGCCACACACCCCCUGCUUCACCCGGGCUCCGACUGAACUUCAUUGAGGACUCCAGGGUGAUCCUGGGAGAUUCAGCAGAGGACACCUUUGCAUACGUUCACUACCUGACCUUAUACGACCUGGAGGCUCGGGGUAUGGUGCGACCUUUCUGCAUGGCUUACGUCUGUUCGGACCAGAUUAAGCUGAUUGAGAACUUUUCCGAGCUGUCGGAGUAUUUUUCUCAGGCCUCUGACAGCCUGAAGACCGGAAACAGACAAGCGUUCUCCACAGAGCUGCAAAGGAAGCUGCAGGAUCUUGAGUACAGACGAUGGACCCUGAAGCAGGAAACAGAUCUCCAGAAGAUGACAAACGGGUUCACAGAAGUAAAAGGGCAAGCUGAUGAGCUGGAAGCUUUAGAGACUUCAAUCCUAAACCACCGAGAGCUCCUUCGUCAGGUCACAUCUUACCCAAAUAGGAAGCUCAAACAGCCUGACUUCCUGCCCUACGACACAGCUGACUCCCUCACAGACCUGACUGUGUUUGUGCCUUCUGAGCCAUCGUCUCCCUCCCUUCCCACCUCCACCUCCACCUCCUACAGGUCUGAGCAGCCUCUAAAGCCUCUAGAGGAGCUCUGCAACUACUACUUUCUGUCCCUGAUGAAAAACCAACUCAUGGACACGGAGCAUCGUCUGCGUGGCGACAGGAGCGUCUUGUGGACUUCUCGUGUCACACAGUCACUGUCCAGGAGGCUAAAACUUACAAACUUCCUGUUUGAGCUGUGCUACCCUGUGGAUGCUGAGGAGGACGAAGAGGAGGAAGAGGAUUUAAAGAGGGUCUCGGGAAGCAAGAGGGGGGCUGUGGAAGGUCAAUCAGAAAAGGAUGGUGUGGAGUCAUUCUCUUGUGUGGAAGAGAUACCGAUAAAGAUGGAGGCAGGAGAUGGUGGGAGGGCGACCCCUGAUAUCAGUGCAGCAUCAGAGAUGAUGGGGAGCAUGAGCAGCAGCGACAGCAUUGAAGUGCUCGGGACUGAAAAGUCAUAUUACACUCAACAGGGAGUUGCUGUGUCUGACAGCAGAGAAACACCAGUGGGGUUGACAGACAUUUGUCUCCGGCGUGCAGCAGUGGACCCAAGCGUUCGCCGCGUGCCAGCCUACGCCAAACGUGCCAACAGCGAGGACAGCAUCGAAGUACUCAGCACCACUGAGUCCAUCUUCCCUGACGACCUAACUGCCAUCACAGAGGAAGAAGCGGAGAAUCAUUCCCUGAUUAAUGGAUUUGAGGACGAAGAAGAAUUGCAGGUUGGGUGCAAGUCUGAUGAAGUCCUGAAAGAGGAAAAGGUGAUGAACUCUGCUGCCAUAGAGAAGGAAAGUGAAGAACCUGGCAGAAGGAAAGAUCCAUUUGAGGAAAUAAUGGUCAGUGUUGGUUUUCCAGUCAAGGACGAUUCACUGACAGAGAAGAUAAACAAAGUCCAUAAAGAUGCUCCCUCAGACAAGAUAAAUAAACUGCUCCAAGCUAAAGAAACUACGGAGUUGAGGCCAAAGACGGUGAGGCCGGUGCUUGAUCUCCACGUUAAAAUGGCUCCUCCCCUUGCCCCGGUGGAGGUUGGUCUGGGCUCUCCACCCUGUGCCCCUCUGAGGCUGCUCAGUAUAGACGAAGUGUCCGACUGCACCAGCUUCACCAGCAACUCAGAGCCACCAUCUCCCACUACGGUAAAUCUCACCAAAACACGCACAGACAAGAGGAGGAGGAGAAGAAGGGCUGGACUCCGAGCCCUCAGGUUCAUCAAGCAGCUCUCGUUCUCCCAGCAUGCCAUCUUCUGUCUGCUGAGUGGCCGCCCGCUGGUCGUCAUUGGAGGAAAUGAACGGUUGGUGAGGAAGCUGGUGGAUGGUUUAAGGCUCUUCCUACCAGGUCCUGGUCCUGAUGGGAGCGCUGUGAUGUCAUGUCUGACCACACCCCUUCAAGUGACUGACCUGCUCACCUGGAGGCUCAUAGGAAUACACAGACUAUCUUCCAGUGCAUCGUCUGCCAUUAUUGAGUCUCUAACUCAAUACAGUCGCUACAUCGCUCUGCUGGACCUCGAUCAGAGGACACUGCGCUGUCCUUCAUAUUCUGGAUCCCUCGUCAACGUCCUGGCUGAUCCUCACACCGGCAUCAGCCGAGGCACCACCUACUUGCUGCACCUGGAGAGCUGUCUGACUGCACUGGCCAACCAGGUGCUGCUGCACACCUUUGUAGCCACUUCCCCACGUCCAAAACCCACUGUGGGACAUAUUGGUACGGAAAAGGCUUCCCAGUGUGCUCCAGGACACGGCAGCAGUGAAAAUGAUUUUAGAGUGAUGCACUUUCUGUCUGACCUCAUCACGCAGCGCCACGUCGGACUACCGCCGGUUUUCAGGUUUUCUUACAGCUCAGUGCGGCUUCACAGAAACACAUAUCCAACAUAAACACACUGAGGAACAGACCAAAUGUGCAGGAGAGGUUUUAUUUUGGUACCUACACUGACUGCAGUGCCUUAGUUUGAAUGAUUCAGGUCUUAUCACCAGCUGCUGUAAACGUGCAAACAGAAUUGUUAAAGUUAAUAUAUGGUAAAUAUACACGUGUGAAUAUUUAGAAUUAUAGAUUUGUUUUCCUGCCAUUUCCCAGUUUUUUGGGAAAAAAAAACCGCAUAAAGUCUUAAACUGGGAUAAAUUUAAAAUGUACCUUACGUUCAUAAGUAAUCAUAAAUGAGCCACAAAAUUUGUAACUGAAAUAAGCAAAAAUGAUCUGUUCUGAGGGUGUUUUUAUGGUACUGUGACUUCUGAAUGUUUUUGACUACAAGAGUGCUGUCAUUAUAUUUAGUUGUACUUAAACUAAUAAAACUUUGCACACAUAACUUUAAAUCUCAUUUAAAACCAGAAGAAAGUUUUUCAAGAUUUAUUCCCUCAAGUCUGAAUUAUAUAUCAGCGCCUAGAAUGUAUGGUUUAUUGUUAUUGUUGUAUUUUGUUAGAAAAUACUCAUGGCUUUCUUUUCAGCACCAAGCGUCAGCAACAUGUGAUCACAGAAAGAUCUAUUUUCUAACAGUAAUGACUGAAGGUCAUAUAUAUAAGGUUAUAUAAUUGGCAAAAACUGACUGUAAAAGCUUUAACCUAUAGAUAUAUAAACACCCCGUUCAGAACAUUUCUUUAGUUUUAAAAAUCAAACAGCAGCUUUGGAAUCAGAGAAAAAUAGCUAUAAACUUACAUGAUUUAAUUUAUAUCUCAAACAGAUGUAAUACAUUUUAUUGUGUUGAAAAUAAAGUCACAUUGAAAAGUAAAA